GAUAGCCAAUAGCCGGAAAGCGUGUUUAGAGAUUCGAGCAGGCUUGAAAAUUUUGAUUGCUGUUUUUUUUUUUGCUCAUUGCGUACCUUCAAAUUUACAUCUUUGUGUCUAUACUGAAGAUUUACAAUGGGAGUUCCAGCCUUUUUCAGAUGGCUGAGCAAAAAAUAUCCAUCAAUUAUUGUGCACUGUGUUGAAGAAAAGGGAAAAGAAGUGAACGAUGUGAAGAUUCCAGUGGAUUUGUCGCAGCCUAACCCAAAUAACGUGGAAUUUGAUAAUUUGUAUCUGGAUAUGAACGGCAUCAUUCAUCCGUGUUGUCACCCGGAAAAUAAACCAGCACCUAAGAAUGAGGAUGAAAUGAUGGUCCUCAUCUUUGAAUACAUUGACCGCCUCAUGAGUAUUGUCCGGCCGAGGAAGCUUCUGUACAUGGCCAUCGAUGGCGUAGCGCCGCGGGCCAAGAUGAACCAGCAAAGAUCUCGGAGAUUCAGAGCAUCUAAGGAGAGCAGAGAAAAGCGUGAGAGCAUAAAGAAAAUCAGACGUGAGAUAAUAGAACGGGGAGGGGAAGUUCCCCCGGAGAAGGCAGCAACAGAGCAUUUCGAUAGUAACUGCAUUACACCCGGCACGGAGUUCAUGGCAUAUUUGGCUGAGUGCCUCCGAUACUAUGUCACAGAUAGACUGAACAAUCAUCCAGGCUGGAAAGAUCUUAAGGUUAUUUUGUCAGAUGCCAAUGCCCCUGGAGAGGGAGAGCACAAAAUCAUGGAUUAUAUACGAAGGCAAAGACCUAAUCCAGACCAUGAUCCCAAUACUCAUCAUUGUUUAUGUGGGGCAGAUGCUGAUCUGAUUAUGCUGGGUUUGGCAACUCACGAGCCAAAUUUUACAAUCAUCAGGGAGGAAUUCAAACCGAACCAGCCAAGAGCAUGUGAUAUAUGCGGACAGACUGGACAUGAAAUGGAUGAAUGUGAAGGCUUGCCAAAAACCAAAAGUGGAGAGCAUGAUGAACUAUCAAAGCCUAUUGGUCAAGAAACAGAGUUUAUUUUCCUUCGCUUGAACAUUCUGAGAGAGUACCUUGAAAAGGAGCUUUGGAUGACUGGUCUUCCGUUUCCUUUUGAUAUUGAGAGAGCGAUUGAUGAUUGGGUUUUCAUGUGUUUCUUUGUCGGUAACGACUUCUUGCCGCAUCUUCCUUCAUUAUCAAUUAGGGAAGGUGCUAUUGAUAGACUUAUCAGACUGUAUAAGAAAGCUGUGUACAAAACAAAUGGGUAUCUGACAGAGAAUGGAAUUGUAAAUUUAAGCCGUGUGCAAAUGAUAUUACAGGAUCUUGGUGAAGCUGAAGAUGAAAUUUUUAAGAAAAGAAGAGAGAGUGAUCUGCGAUUUCGGAAAAUCAAUCAAAACAAAAAGCGAAGAGAGUUGGCUGAUGCACCGCAGUUUGUACCAUCUGGAUUUUUAGCCCCAACACCUAUUGGGCAAAGAGGUGAAGCACACAGUGCAAAGGACAUAAGGAAUGCAGUACAAGAUGCAACUUUAAAUUUGAAUUUAGUUCAUUUUAGAGAAGAGUGGGAUCGGAAGAAUUGCAUAAAAUGGGAAGGUGCUAUUGAUCGACUAAUCAGACUGUAUAAGAAAGCUGUGUACAAAACAAAUGCUGAUGCACCGCAGUUUGUACCAUCUGGAUUUUUAGCCCCAACACCUAUUGGGCAAAGAGGUGAAGCACACAGUGCAAAGGACAUAAGGGAUGCAGUACAAGAUGGCAGAAACCAAGCUAACAAGAAUGCUGCAGAUGCCCUGCGAUCACAGCUGAAUGGAGGUAAUGAUGAGAAAAAGGCAGAACCACCUAGAAGAGGCACCAAAAGGACGGUGGAGGACAUGAUAAAAGAAGAUGCUGAACAAGAUCAGAAUGAUGCUGUUAAGUUAUGGGAAGAUGGUUGGAGAGAGCGUUACUACCAGGGAAAGUUUGAUGUACAACCAGAUGAUCAUGAGUUCCGACACAAAGUGGGUGCAGCAUAUGCAUUAGGUCUUUGCUGGGUCUUACAGUACUACUACCAAGGAUGUGCAUCGUGGGAUUGGUACUUCCCCUAUCACUAUGCUCCGUUCGCCUCGGACUUCGUCGACAUCGAUAAAACCGUCAGUACGAAGUUUCCCAAAGGAACGAAGCCAUUUAAGCCCCUGGAGCAGCUGAUGAGUGUGUUCCCAGCUGCUAGUGGCAACUUCCUCCCAACUACAUGGAGGUCCUUGAUGAGUGGUAUUGACUCGCCUAUCAUUGACUUUUAUCCUGAUGACUUCAAAAUUGAUCUGAAUGGUAAAAAGUAUGCAUGGCAAGGUGUUGCAUUGCUACCAUUUGUCGAUGAGGGUCGAUUGUUGGAAACUCUGGGAGAGGUUUAUCCAAAUCUCGCAGAAGAAGAAAAGAUGAGGAACAGCCUAGGACCAGAUAGACUAUUUGUUGGUAAAGAUCAUCCGCUGUAUUCAUUUAUUGAAGGCAUCUAUGAAGGAGGAAAACCUCUCGAAGAUAAUGUCACCGUAAGCACAGAGCUUAGCCAAGGGAUGGCAGGGGAAAUCUGGUGUGAUAAGUAUGCUGUCCAAUCUGAUGGCACCAAGCAAUCACCACUUCCUAUGUUACCUGACAUUAAAGGAUGCAAAGUCAUGAGCUGUGCAUACAAAGAUCCAGAUUAUGGAAAGGAUUACCUGUUUAAAUGUAAUAUGCUUCCAGGAGCCAAACUACCAGACAAGGUUCUUAAGCCUGAGGAUUUUGAAAAGACAAAGAGUGGUAAUCAACAAUGGCGGCCUAGGAUUGGAUUUUCGUCCAAUUUUCCGCGUGCUAGUCUAGGCAACGCUGGGCAUAGGAUGGUGAAUCAUUACUCAUCCAUUCCUCCUCCCAAGUCAUUGAUGGGUCAAGCACCAAGAUAUGAUGGUCAGAGGUCAAGGAGUGGAGGUCAAUCCUAUCCAGAUUAUGGUCAAGGUGGUGGUCGAAAUAACCGAGGGCAAGGGUCAAGCGGACGUUACGGAAAUCAAGGGGGAGGUGGCGGCGGCUACUACGGUGGACAAGGAGGAGGUGGCGGCGGUAAUUAUUAUGGUGACAGAAAAGGAGGUUAUGGCGGACAGAGCCACUAUGGUGGUGGUAGUGGUGGAGGAGGCGGUGGCUAUCAGCAAUCGUAUAGUGGAGGAGGACAACAUGGCUGGAAUAGAAACAUGCAGGCACAACAGAGUGCCUACUACCAGAAUCAACAACGUUACCAGCAACAGCAACAUCAACCAUAUCAACAACAGCAGUAUAACCAAGGGCGCAGAAAGCAGAGAGAUGAUCGCUACAGAUCUGGAGCAAACCGAAGCCAUCCUUACCCACCUCCACUGCAACAACAUCGGCGUUAUUAGUCUGAAAUAAUUAAUUCAGCAUCGACAAUUAUCUGGGCAAUUUUUACCUGUCAGCUGGAAUUUAAUCAUAAUUUUCCAAAAUUUCUGUAAUAUCAAAUGUAUAUUUAUACAAUGAGAUAUACAAUUUUAACUAUUUACUGUUCAAACUUACUUGUUGAUGUACUUGUUAAUUAUGUAACAGUAUUAAUUAAGGUAAUUAAAUAAUUUU